AUGGAGGAGGAGCUGAAGUGCCCGGUGUGCGGCUCCCUAUUCCGGGAGCCCAUCAUCCUGCCCUGCUCUCACAAUGUCUGCCUGCCGUGCGCUCGCACCAUCGCGGUUCAGACCCCAGACGGCGAGCAGCACCUGCCCCCGCCGCUCUUGCUUUCGCGGGGUGCAGCCGCCGCCGCGCCCCCUCCGGAUCAGGACGCUGCAGCCGGCGCGACCUGCGGAGGCGCCGGAGCUAGCACAGCUGGAGGCCUGGGCGGCGGGGCGGCCGGUGGUGGAGACCACGCGGACAAGCUGAGCUUGUACAGCGAGACUGACAGCGGCUAUGGUUCCUACACCCCCAGCCUCAAGUCUCCCAACGGAGUCCGCGUGUUGCCUAUGGUGCCUGCACCCCCAGGCUCUUCUGCCGCCGCGGCCCGGGGCGCUGCCUGCUCCUCACUCUGCUCGUCCUCCAGCUCCAUCACCUGCCCGCAAUGCCACCGCAGCGCGUCACUGGAUCACCGCGGCCUGCGAGGGUUCCAGCGCAAUCGACUGCUGGAGGGCAUAGUGCAGCGGUACCAGCAGGGCCGUGGGGUUGUUGCUGGAGCGUCUGCAGCCCCGGCGGUGGCCAUCUGCCAGCUGUGCGACCGCACCCCACCGGAGCCGGCAGCCACUCUCUGCGAGCAAUGCGACGUGCUCUAUUGCGCCACCUGCCAGCUCAAGUGCCACCCGUCCCGGGGCCCCUUCGCUAAGCAUCGGCUAGUUCAGCCGCCGCCGCCGCCAGCACCCCCAGAGGCUACCCCUGUUUCAGCAGGCACAUCCACCGCCCCCAGCGCAGGAGGAUGCAGGAGCCCAGGGGGUGCCGGGGCCAGCGCACCUCGAAAGUUCCCCACAUGCCCCGAGCACGAAAUGGAGAACUACAGCAUGUACUGCGUGAGUUGUCGGAGCCCGGUGUGCUUCCUGUGCCUGGAGGAAGGCAGGCAUGGCAAACACGAGGUGAAGCCGCUGGGGGCAACGUGGAAGCAACACAAGGCCCAGCUGUCUCAGGCCUUAAAUGGGGUUUCAGAUAAGGCCAAAGAGGCAAAGGAGUUUCUGGUUCAGCUCAAGAACAUACUGCAGCAGAUCCAGGAAAAUGGAUUGGACUAUGAAGCUUGCCUGGUGGCCCAGUGUGAUGCUCUGGUGGACGCACUGACCCGGCAGAAAGCCAAGCUGCUCACCAAGGUGACCAAAGAGAGGGAGCACAAGCUGAAGAUGGUUUGGGACCAGAUCAAUCACUGCACACUGAAGCUGCGCCAGUCCACAGGCCUGAUGGAGUACUGCCUGGAGGUGAUCAAAGAAGAUGACCCUUCUGGGUUCCUGCAGAUCUCAGAUGCCCUGAUCAAGCGUGUACAGGUGUCUCAGGAGCAGUGGGUCAAAGGUGCGCUGGAGCCCAAAGUAUCUGCGGAAUUUGACCUGACUUUGGACAGCGAGCCGCUGCUGCAAGCCAUCCACCAGCUGGAUUUCGUCCAGAUGAAAUGUAGGGUGCCACCUGUACCCCUGCUGCAGCUGGAGAAGUGCUGCACCCGCAAUAACAGCGUCACCCUGGCCUGGAGGACACCGCCCUUUACCCACAGCCCAGCUGAUGGCUACAUCCUGGAGCUGGACGAUGGCGAUGGGGGGCAGUUCCGGGAAGUAUAUGUCGGCAAGGAGACCCUGUGCACCAUUGACGGGCUCCACUUCAACAGCACCUACAAUGCCAGAGUCAAAGCCUUCAACUCCUCUGGCGUCGGGCCCUACAGCAAGACCGUGGUCCUGCAGACCUCUGAUGUGGCCUGGUUCACUUUUGACCCCAACUCUGGUCACCGGGACAUCAUCUUAUCUAAUGACAACCAGACAGCCACCUGCAGUAGCUAUGAUGACCGGGUGGUGCUAGGCACAGCUGCGUUCUCCAAAGGCGUGCACUACUGGGAGCUGCACGUGGACCGCUAUGACAACCACCCAGACCCUGCCUUCGGGGUGGCCAGGGCCAGCGUUGUCAAGGACAUGAUGCUGGGCAAGGACGACAAGGCCUGGGCCAUGUACGUGGACAACAACCGCAGCUGGUUCAUGCAUUGUAACUCACACACCAACAGGACUGAAGGCGGAGUGUGCAAGGGGGCGACUGUGGGCGUGCUGCUGGACCUGAACAAGCACACACUGACCUUCUUCAUCAAUGGGCAGCAGCAGGGCCCCACAGCCUUCAGCCACGUGGAUGGGGUCUUCAUGCCUGCCCUCAGCCUCAACCGAAAUGUGCAGGUCACCCUGCACACGGGACUGGAGGUGCCAACAAACCUUGGACGGCCCAAGCUGUCAGGCAACUAG